UGAAGUUAGGUUAGAUUGCUGACAUGGACAUUACAAAAGAAAUUGACAAAUAAUAAUGUGAACUAAAUGUGAAAAAAAGUUAAAAUAAACCAAAAAGUUGCCUAAAUUCUAUAAAAACAACAUAUUUUCACCAGUAUGAUGCAGUUUAUGCUAUUGUUCAGCCGCCAAGGAAAGCUUAGAUUACAAAAAUGGUACGUCGCCCACCCAGACAAGUUGAAGAAGAAAAUCACCAGGGAGUUAAUCACCACAAUUCUGGCCAGGAAACCUAAAAUGUGCAGUUUCCUCGAAUGGAGAGACUUAAAAAUCGUCUACAAACGUUACGCCAGCCUGUACUUUUGCUGUGCAAUAGAACAAGAUGAUAAUGAACUGCUUACUUUAGAAGUGAUUCACCGAUAUGUGGAACUCCUCGACAAGUAUUUCGGUAGUGUAUGUGAGCUUGACAUUAUUUUCAAUUUCGAGAAGGCAUAUUUCAUAUUAGAUGAGCUUAUGUUAGGAGGUGAGAUUCAGGAGACCAGUAAGAAAAAUGUUUUAAAAGCUAUUGCUGCCCAAGAUCUUCUGCAAGAAGAGGAGACACCGCAGGGGUUCUUUGACGAUCAUGGCCUCGGCUAGGGUAUUUUUAUGUAAUUAUUAGUUGUAGGGCAGUAUUAAGAAAUCUAUAUACAAGAAUAUUGUAUAGUUUCAAUUCAAUGAAUAUGUUUGUAUUAUACUUUUAAACACUCUCAUUCUAAUGUAGGUGUAUCAUUCCAGUAAUAAGUUUAAAUUUUAUACUUUAUUGCCAAAAACACUUAGGAGGUUGAUUUUGUAACACUGUUAUGCCUACAUUAUAUGCUUUUUUUUAUGUAAGAAAUUUCUAUUGUAAUUUUAAAUAUCUAUAAAUUGUGUUGAUUGCAAGGUCGUAAACAAA